UCCAUCAUGCUGGAAAAGGAAUUGUUUGUCACCAAAUUGUUCUUGGAAGUUUGGGAGAAGUUGCUGUCAGAGGAUGUUUUUGACACUGGUGGAGCAAGAUCUUCCAGAAGCUGUGAAGUUGCUUACCAAUAUGACGGAACAGGUUGCUGCAGUUACUAGUCACAUUCAGCAUUUGAAAAGGCUUGUUCAGAAUAAAGUCUUCCAGACUGCUAAGACAAACUGCGAAUUUGGGAGAAGACACAGGAAAAUCAAAGAAUAUCAGAAGGCUGCCUUAAGUCUGCAACACCUAAAAAUGUAAGAGAAACUAAGAAGCUAGAAACAGGAUAUUUUAAGAAUUCCCUUAUUAGUCUGCUAGCACUGUAACUCCUAGUGCCUUAGCAAUUCUGUUUCACCAUAAUGGAGGAGCUCCUUGUCUGAUGACAGAGAGAGCAAAGAUCCUACACAAGAAUUAAAGCAAGGCAGAACCGAUUCAGAACUAGCCCACCAUCCACCAUGAUGGGAAUCAGUUGCUUUCAAAUAA